AUGAGUACCAAGCCGUCCGUACCCCCAACGCCUUUGCUAUCAGAAAAGCAUAACGGCAUCCCCGCGAGCCUCUUCGCAAAGGCCCAAGACGCCAAAUCCGCCAUCUUCGGCAUCGCUACAAAAUCCCAGAGCAAUCGAACGCAGAUUGCGCUUCCCCAGGGAGUCGGAGAGGGUACAUUCAACAAGGCGAUUGACGAGCUCCGGGGACAUUUGGGUGAAAAGCAUGUCGAACUAGUGACAAAACUUGAUGAUGGAUGGUAUAUGGAAAACCCCAAUACGCACGAUGGAAUGCACGUGGCGGAGGCUGACGCCCUCGUUGCUUCAGCCGUAGUCUAUCCGAGCACUACAGAGGAAGUGCAAAAGAUUGUGCAAUGGGCUAACAAGUACCGGAUUCCUAUUUCGCCGAUAUCGAUUGGCCGAAACUAUGGCUACGGAGGCGCCGCUCCUCGAGUCCGCGGCGCUGUCGUUAUUGACCUCGGAAGGCGAAUGAAUCGCAUUCUCGAUAUCAACCCCGACGAUUGCACAUGUCUGGUCGAACCAGGUGUCACUUAUUUCGCCCUUUACGAAGAGAUCCAGGCUCGAGGCUUCAAGCACCUGUGGGUCGAUGUGCCAGAUAUUGGAGGCGGCUCCGUUUUGGGAAAUGCAGUCGACAGGGGUGUUGGGUAUACACCAUAUGGAGAUCACUGGAUGAUGCAUUCCGGGAUGGAAGUUGUGCUUCCGACUGGGGAAGUCAUCAGGACAGGAAUGGGAGCGCUGCCGGGGAACAAUAGCUGGCAGCUAUUUCCCUAUGGAUUUGGACCGACCCCUGACGGACUGUUUUCCCAGUCUAACCUGGGCAUCGUCACGAAGAUGGGAUUCGGGCUGAUGCCAAAUCCUGGUGGAUACGAAAGUUAUCUCUAUGUGUUCCCGAAAGAUGAGGAUCUGAGCCAGCUGAUUGAAAUCAUUCGUCCAUUGCGAAUCGCCAUGAUCCUCGAAAAUGUCGCCCAGCUACGUCACAUCACUAUGCAUGUUGGCCUCGAAGGGAAACCUCGAAGUACCUACUAUAACGGAAAAGGAAGAGUGCCCGAUAACAUCAUUCACGAAGCAGCCAAGAAGUUAUCGUCCGGCGAUUGCUCUUGGCUGUACUACGGCAUGGCGUACGGGCCUCAAGAGAUCCGCAAAUACAAGUUGGAAAUUAUCCACAAAGAGUUCAUGAAGAUCCCUGGAGCGCGGCGCAUCGAUCCAGCAACUCUCCCAGCCGACGACUAUUACUGGGUGCGCGACCGAGUUGCAUCUGGCGUUCCCGAUAUCGAGGAACUGCGCUGGGUAAAUUGGCACCCGAACGGCGGACACGUUGCCUUUAGUCCUGUAUCGCCGGUGCGAGGACACGAUGCCACGGCUCUCUGGGACAUUGCACGGAAACGCUGCGACGAGUUCGACCUAGACCUGUUCCCUACGUUCGUCGUGGGUCUCCGCGAGAUGCAUCUGAUCGUUGAGAUUGUGUUCAAUCGAGAUGAACCCACCAUGCGCAACAACGUGCGAGCCUGUCUUCGGGCUAUGAUUGAUGAUGCUGCAAAGCUGGGCUAUGGCGAAUAUCGCACUCACCUGGCCUUUAUGGAUCAGAUUGCUGGGACUUAUAACUGGAAUGAUGGUGCGCUCAUGAAGUUCAACGAGAAGAUCAAGGAUUGUUUGGAUCCACGUGGAAUCAUGGCUCCUGGUAAGUCUGGCGUCUGGCCUGCGCGGUAUCGUGGACGUGGAUGGGAGAUGUCGGUGAAGGAUGAGGCUCCCGAGGGACAAGGA